AUGUCCACGGACUCCGCUUCUCGUAAUCAUGAAACAACUACACCCAUUUCACAACAAUACAUUCAACAAUUGUUAGAAGAGAAUAAAGAUAUUCCGAUCCAAAUACGAAACAUUAAUACAGUUUCAACAAGUAAUGAAAACACUAUAAAACCGGCAAUUCUACAAAAAUACAUCGAUGCUACAUUAAUCAAGGCGGAGACUCUAUCAGAUUUGUCUACAAUGACGGAAACUCUAACCACGAGACUGUUACAAUCCAAUUUAAUAAAAAAUUUACAACCUUCAUUCAAUACUUGUAAUAAUGAAAAUAAACUGCCUUUAUCAAUAAGUUCAACAUUGUAUUUUCAACCAACUCCCAAAUUUACAGCUAGAACAGGGACGAAUAUAACAAAUUCUGGCCAAGGUGAUGCCUACAUUUCAUUUCAAAAGCGGAAUUUAUUUGGCUUAGAAGAAACUACUACUUUAGAUUACAGACGUGACACAGGAACAAAUUCAGGCUCAAAUUUAUCAGUAGUGCUCCCAUAUGGUAUCAAUGGUGAUCCUUUCUGGAGUAGUAAGCUUGAUAUUUUCGAUGUGUGGAAAAAUGUAGGAGUCAAAGAUUUGGGUUUGUAUAUGGGUACAAAAAGUUGGUUUGAUGCUAAGAAUACUUGGAAUUAUGAUCUUGGUUUAGAAAUGGUCAAGCGAAAUUUUAAUCAUAAAUUGAAUAGUAGUAAAGUUGUCUCUGACUAUCUAUUAAUCCAGGAAGGCGAAUUUUAUAAAACUACUUUGAGGAGUACUAUGGUAUGGGAUGGAAGAAAUGGUAAGACUGCCCCAACCAAGGGACGUCUUUUCAAGAUAAACAAUGACCUUGGAUUUGGAACUAAUAAUUUACAAUUUUGGAGACAUGUUACAGAAUUUAAUCUGGUUAAGAGCUGGCUCAAAGAUGAUUUUAUUACAAUGAGUAAUACAAUUAAAUUUGGUUAUAUCAAAAACCUAAGUCAAGAUUACAUUCAUUUCACUGAUAAAUUUCAAAAUGGUGGACCAAAUGAUAUUCGUAGUUUCCAAUCAAUGGGUAUCGGACCAAGACACAAUUCAUAUUCACUAGGAGGAGAUGCAUUUUUGUCUUACGGUGUAAGUAUAUUUUCUAAAUUACCAAUCCAAAAAUUUCAUGAUUCAAAUUUUAGAUUACAUUGGUUCUUCAAUGGUGGUAAAUUAAUAAAUCACGACAAUGCCUCAAUUUGGAAUUGUAUGCAAAAUUUAACUAUAGAAAACUCUACUUCUGCGGGCGUUGGUGUUGUAUUAAGACAUCCAAUGGCUCGUUUUGAAAUGAAUUUUGCGGUUCCAAUUACAGAUCAUCAAGAUGAUUUGACAAGGAAAGGGUUCCAAUUUGGUUUAGGUUUUGAGUUCUUGUAA